UUAAAAUAAGGCGGUCGUGCAUACACGAAAGAACAGUAUUAAUAGUUGGGAAAGGGAUCUCGAGUGGGCAGUUGGACGAAAUGGAUUCAGCUUCUUCCACGACUCCCCUUCUCGACAGAAACUCUCCGGGGGAGGAGGGGCUGCUGAGCAAGGUUAUCGAUGUUGCGGAGGCGAAGGAGCAGGUGGUGUUCGCGCUGCCCAUGAUUCUUACCAACGCCGCCUUCUACUUCAUCCCUCUCGUCUCCGUCAUGUUCGCCGGCCACCUCGGUGAUCUCGAACUCGCCGCCGCUAAUCUCGCCAAUUCCUGGGCUGCGGUGACCGGUUUCUCUUUCUUGGUUGGGUUGAGUGGUUCCCUUGAAACCCUCUGUGGCCAAGGAUUUGGUGCCAAAAUGUACAGGAUAAUGGGAGUUUAUCUCCAGACCUCUUGCAUUAUAUCGCUUAUCUCCGCUGUCCUCGUGUCUGUUCUGUGGUGGUAUUCCGACACUAUCCUCAUUUUACUACAACAAGAUCCUCAAAUCGCAAACUCGGCCGGUCUGUAUCUCAAGUACUUGAUUCCGGGGCUGUUUGCUUAUGGAUUCUUGCAAAAUAUGCUUAGGUUUCUUCAGACACAGUCAGUCGUUAUCCCACUCGUUGUCUGCUCGGUGGUCCCUCUUGUCCUGCACAUUGGUAUUGCCUAUGCUUUGGUUAAUUGGUCCGCCCUCGGAUACAAGGGAGCUCCAUUGGCAGCUUCCAUAUCUUUGUGGUUAUCAUUCUUCAUGCUAGCCUGGUACUUGCUUACCGCAAAUAAAUUCAAAUACACGUGGGAUGGAUUUACUUGGGAGUCUUUAAGUCAUAUAUGGCCAAGCUUGAAGCUUGCUCUGCCUUCUGCAGCAAUGGUUUGUCUGGAAUAUUGGGCUUUCGAGAUUCUUGUUUUAUUGGCCGGAUUGAUGCCAAACCCGGAGGUCACUACUUCGCUCAUAGCGAUGUGUGUGAACACGGAAGCAAUUACGUACAUGAUUGCUUAUGGCCUGAGCGCAGCAGCUAGCACGAGGGUGUCUAACGAGUUGGGCGCUGGACAGCCUGAUCGAGCCAGGCAAGCAAUGCACGUCACUCUUAAGCUCACUGUUAUCCUUGCUCUAGCUGUAGUUUUGGCACUGUCCUUGGGGCAUAAUCUCUGGGCCAGCGCCUUCACCAGUAGCCCCGUGAUAAUUCAAGCAUUCGCCUCAAUGACGCCUUUCCUUGUCUUGUCCAUAUUGUGUGAUUUUGUUCAAGGAAUAUUAUCAGGGGUAGCACGAGGUUGCGGUUGGCAGCAUUUGGUUGUGUAUAUCAACUUGGGAGGAUUCUACUGCAUCGGAAUGCUUGUCGCCGCUUUUCUUGCAUUCAAGACUACACUCCGUGCCAAGGGAUUAUGGAUUGGGUUGAUAUGUGGUUUGACUGCACAAACAAUUGGCCUUUUUCUGCUGUCCAAGUUUACGAAGUGGAAGAAGAUAGAGAUGGCUCAAGAUACAUCACUCAAGCCCAAUGUGUGACUAAUGUAAUCUUCUAUAUUCAUAUUAAUUAUGCGAUUAUUUUUGGAUGAUGCAAUAAUUUGCACUUGGCUAUGGCCUGGAAUAUUUAAAAUUUUCAACGUAA